UCUAGUAGUUUCUUUGUGUGAGCUGUUACUUUGAAUGUGCGUUUCUAGCAGCUAGAUGGUUUUGCGAAUUAAACAUACAGCACUAUUAUUAUUUGGACUGCAGUGUUGGUGGGAGCUUGCUUAAACUGCUAAUGGUCACUCAGGCAGUGUGGACAAUCACAGAACUGAAAUUUUUGGUAUUCUGAUGCCUGUGUUUCCUCAUAUAGCUCUCAUUUGAGGAGGAAUCAGACUGUAUUGAUCAGCUCUUCUAUCUGUCGUGGGACCAUGGCGGGGAGAGCCUUCCUCGUUUUACUGAUUUCCCUCUGGGCUGCUACGGCUCUCAGCAUGUCAGUCUUCUACAGCAGCCCAAAGGCUCAUAUGCUCCUGCGCACCAAAAGAGCCAACAGCUUCCUGGAGGAAAUCAAGCCUCCAUCAUUGGAGCGAGAGUGUGUGGAGGAGCGCUGUGAUUUUGAGGAGGCCAGAGAGAUCUUCCAGACCAGAGAGAGCACAUUGGAGUUCUGGACUCGGUAUGUAGAAACCACUUCCUUCAACUGCUCGGUGAACAAUGGUGACUGCAACCAAGAAUGCCUCGAGAGGAAGGACAAAACUGGCCGUUUCUGUGGCUGCAUUCCCGGAUACCAACUCCACGAAAACGCCAAAAACUGUACUCCCAAAAGUCAAGAUUCAUGCGGACAGAUUUUGAUUGCCAAGUCGGCUUUCAGUACUAAGCCCAGACCAAUUUUACAGCCAUGGCUUGUUGGCGCUGAAGUUGGCAGAAAAGGCGAUAGUCCCUGGCAGGCUCUUAUACUGAACGCCAAAGGAAAAUUUCACUGUGGCGGCGUCUUGAUUGAUGAAAGCUGGAUCCUCACUGCUGCCCACUGUCUUGAGACAAGCCUUCGCUUCAGUGUUCGACUAGGUGACUAUUUGCGAUUUAAAAAGGAAGACAGUGAAGUUACCAUCCCUGUGUCCAAAAUCGUCUCCCAUCCAAAGUACAACCCCGUGACGGUGGACAACGACAUCGCCCUCCUGCGCUUGGCCACUCCAGUGAAAUUCACCAAUUACAUCCUGCCGGCGUGCCUCCCGAGCCGCAGCCUGGCCGAGCGAGUGCUCCACCUCAACGGAACCCAAACAGUAGUGACCGGCUGGGGCAAACAAAAUGAGACAGCGACCCACUACAGCUCUGCUCUCGGCUUCAUCAACAUCCCCCUGGUGGACCAUGCAGAGUGCGCCCGCCACAUGGUCAACAACCUGACCCAGAACGUGCUGUGCGCCGGGAUAAUAGGGAAGGUCAGGGAUGCCUGUGAGGGAGACAGCGGCGGCCCCAUGAUGACCCAGUACCACAACACAUGGUUCCUCAUAGGCCUCGUGUCGUGGGGCGAGGGAUGCGGCCAUACGGACAAACUGGGCAUCUACACCAAAGUCUCCAAUUAUCUGGAGUGGAUAGACAGCGUCCGGAAGGAAGCAACGGGUCCUUGAUCCGUCUCCAGGAUUUCAACUCUGCCCUGCGCUCGCCUUCUUCACCAUUCUGCUUAUUAUGUCACUCACAGUGGAACGUCCACGCAGCCUGCUAGGCCUUCUCCAGCCCCUCAUUGUGGCCAGAGGAGGCCUGGCAGGCUGCCUGGACGUUAAACGCAGGGUGGUAAAAUGGUACGGCUGCACAAUAUUUCAUUCAUCACUAUUACUAUUACUAUUACUGUUACUAUUGUGAUAUUGGUAUUUCUAGUGCUGAUGUCACAGGUGGCUGCAAUAUGCAAAUGAGGCCUCUCACCAAGCAUAAAGAUUUUUGUGUGCUGUGAGCAUCCCGGCCAAUCACAGCUCCACAGUUUCUGUGGGUGUUUUAAUGAGCCAAGAUAUUCAAGCAAUCCAACAAAAGUAAAUACUAUUGGUCAAACUAAUGCAAGCCAAUGUUCAACUAUGUCACAUUAAUUCAUCAAUAUAAUAUAUUAUAAUAUAUUAUCAUGUAUUGUUA